AUGGCAUCUUCAAGUAUUGAUUGGAAGCCAUUGGUUGGUAUGAAGUUUGACUCAAUAGAAACAGCUUAUCAGUUUUGGCUCGCAUACGGUGCACAUGUUGGCUUUGGUGUUAGAAAACGUUAUGUGAACAAAAGUAGAAAAGAUGGUACUAUAUCAUCAUGUAGGUUUGUUUGUAGCAAGGAAGGAUUACGACAACCUGACAAGAGAGAUGUCUUUGUUAGCAACCAUAGAGCUGAGACCAGAACGGAUUGCAAAGCAAGGAUAGCUCUUGUAUUGAAAAAUGGAAAAUUUGUCAUUCAUGAAUUUGUACAAGACCAUAAUCACCCUCUACAACCACCAGAGGAAACGAAUUUGGAUAUUAUACAGUUUUUCAAACACUUUGAACAAGUUGUUGAGGAGAAGAGAGGAAACGAAUUGACUUGUGAGUAUGAGUCCAAACAUAAGCUUGCAAGGUUGAGAUAUGAGACAUCUCCAAUACUAAUACAAAUGGGAAAGAUUUAUACCCAUGCUGUAUUUGAUUUAUUCCAAAACGAGUUUAAGUUAUUCUUAGCAAUGAGCAUACUAGAGAGAAGUGAGUCUCACUCUUUAUGCAAAUAUUCCAUCACUAUGGACAAUCAUGAAAAAUCUUGGAAAGUAUCAUUUAACCGUGCUUCAUCCUCUAUAUCUUGUAGUUGUAGAAAAUUUGAGACAUUUGGCAUACUUUGUUCACACGCAUUAAAAGUGUUUGAAGCAAAUGAUGUUAAGGUCGUUCCUGAUGAGUAUAUUUUAAGAAGGUGGACAUUAGAAGCUCGUUGCGGUGUUGUGCAAGAUUUGAGGGGGAAAGAGGUGGAAGGUGAUCCAAAGUUAUCUAUCACGCAAAAAUUUAGAAACGUUGUUUCUAAAUUCAUUCGAGUAGCUGCUAGCGCGUCUCCUUUUGAAGAGUGUCUUGAGAUUGUAGAUAACACGGUUGAUUUACUGAAUAAAGAAUUAAUGGAAUUUCACUUACAAGCCAGAAACAAUAAUGCUAAUAAUCCGACAUUUGUGACUAAUGAUGUUACACAACCCAGUGGAUUCAAGAUACGGUCUGGCUCAAAAAAACAAAAGAGACGCAAGGGUUGGGUUGAGAUUAUGCAGAAUAGAAAGAAAAAUGUACAACCUAGAAAACAAUCACAAUGUCAAAUAUCUCAGACAAUAUCAUGUUCGGCACCUCCAACUUACGAGCCGCCUCAAACACAAGAUGGUCAACUUAGUUUUACAGCACUUUUGAUGGCACCUUUCAAUGACACAAACAUUGCAAUAUUGGAUUAA